UCUAGUGUCAAAGAUGAGGCUGUGGACAAAAGCACCUUUAAGAAAUGCAACCAGAUUGCUUUUUACAGGCGUCAGAAACUUCUACAUCCUGGAAAAUCCUUGUAUCGAGCAUUGUUGGAUUCAGUCACGUUAAGUGAUGAUAAUGUCAAAUUCCAAAUUAUUCAUGAAGAGAAUAAGGUCCUUCUACAAGUAGAAAUUUCUGAAAUAGAAGGCAAUAUUUUCAGGCUUAAAAUUGAUGAGCCAUCUCCUCUCAGAGCAAGAUACAAAGUUCCUGAUGUUCUUACAAAGGAACCUACCACCCAGAGACUCUUCAUAUCCCAGAAGGAGGCAGGUAUUUUGGUGCUGUCAAGUGUUCAUGAGGACUACAGACUUCAAGUCACAGCAAACCCCUUCCAGAUUGAGCUACAGUCCAAGGGUGAGACUGUUCUGAGCAUGAAUUCCAAUGGGUUGUUAUAUUUUGAGCACCUACAAGCACCUCCCAGUGACAGAAAACCUAAAGCAGAUACCAAGGAGGCAGCAAGUGAUUCCUCUAAGGAGAAACAAGAGGACCUAGGUCUCUGGCAAGAGAAAUUUGGCAGUUUCUUAGACAUCAAAGCUCAUGGUCCUAGUUCUGUAGGCAUGGACUUCUCUUUGCAUGGAUUUGACCAUGUUUAUGGAAUACCACAACACACAGAAACACUUCUUCUCAAAAACACCAGUGAUGGUGAUGCCUACCGGCUUUAUAAUUUGGAUAUCUUUGGCCACAAGAUACAUGACAAAAUAGGCAUUUAUGGUUCAGUGCCCCUCCUCUUAGCACACAGGCCUAACAGAACUUCAGGGAUCUUCUGGCUGAACUCUUCAGAAACGCUGGUGGAUAUUACUACAAAGGCAGUAGCUGAGCAUAUGCCAUCCGGAUCUGCUGCAGAGGCUGCUAAGCAGAGAGCAGUGCCUCUAACUGAUGUGCGCUGGAUGUCAGAAAGCGGAAUCAUUGACGUUUUCCGGCUGAUGGGACCCACUGCGUGUGAUAUCUUCAAGCAGUUUGCCCAGCUAACAGGCACUCAAGCCCUACCCCCCCUUUUUUCUCUGGGUUACCAUCAGUGCCGCUGGAAUUAUGAGGAUGAGCAAGAUGUCAAGGCAGUAGAUGCUGGCUUUGAUGAACACGACAUUCCUUAUGAUGUGAUAUGGCUGGACAUAGAGCACACAGAUGGCAAGAGGUAUUUCACUUGGGACAAAAAGAAAUUCCAGAACCCCAGAAAGAUGCAAGAACAUCUCAGCAAGAAAAAACGCAAGCUUGUCGUCAUUGUAGAUCCCCACAUUAAGGUUGAUCCCAUGUAUACCCUGUAUUCACAGGCAAAAGACAAGGGAUAUUUUGUGAAAGACAGAAAUGGACAAGAUUUUGAGGGCAUCUGUUGGCCAGGUUCCUCUUGUUACUUGGAUUUCACCAAUCCUAAAGUGCGAAAAUGGUAUGCAGAUCAAUUUGCCUUCAAAACAUACAAG